AUGUCUGUGGGAAGCGUGAUUGCGGGCGUCGCCGCCAUCAUUGGGCGCAUCAUGGUGCUGGUCCAAGAUGACAACGACAUGAAGGGCGAAAUGAAGUACCUGGUGCCCACCAUGGAGCGCCUCCAGGUCGUGCUCAACGAGGUCGCCAAGUGCGCCGGGGAGGGCCCCAGGACGGACGACAACGCGGUGCUGAAGACGUGCCUCGAACAGCUGGAUGAGACACUCAAGUCCACCGAGAAACUCAUCACGCGCUGGAAGAAGUCCUCGACGGUCAUGCGCGUGAUGAAGUCCACGCGCUUCAAGCAGAAGUACUCGCUCCAGAUGGCGCGCCUCCAGCAGGCGCUGUCGAUGCUGAACGGGGCCAACCUGAACAUGAACCGGCAGACCAAGGACGAGGUGGAGAAGGUCGGGAAGCAGCUCUCCACGCUCGACGUCCACAUCGACACCAAGAUGGAGGAGACGUACGGCCGCGUCGAGGACAUGAUCGCAGAGCGGCUGGGCCCCCAGGCGAUCAAGGACGCCCUGGUGGCGGCGGGCUUCAUGCCGCAGCACGGCGUCCCGAAGGACGAGCUCGAGCGGGAGAAGUCGGACCUCGAGUCCAUGCUCAACGAGGCCAGACUCCAGAAGGAGAAGAUGGAGGAAGACCUGCUGUCUCAAAUGAUGGCCGUCAUCGAGAUCUCCGACUCCGGCCCGGGCGCGGGCUCCUCCGCGCCCCCGCCCGCGGCCCGCCCCGCCGCCAAGCCCGCGGCGAAGCCCGGCCCCGCCGACGACGCCCAGACGCUGGACUGCGGCAUCUGCUGCGACACCUUCACCGCGGAGGGCGAGCGCACGCCGCGGAUGCUCCCGUGCGGGCACACCGUGUGCGAGUCGUGCUGUGGCCGGCACUUCAUCCGCCACAUGGAGUGCCCGCUGUGCCGCACGCCCGUGCAAGCCCGGGGCAAGGCCAAGGAGACGGCCGCGCAGCUCCCGAAGAACUUCUACGUGAUCCGGAUGCUCGAGGACGAGGCGGGGGGCUCGCGCCUCGCGCGGAAGUCGGCGCGCGCCAAGGCGUCGCCCGAGGCGAUCGAGAAGAAGCUGCGCGACGGCGGGAUGAUCAGCAUACUGGAAGACCUCGAUCUCAUGAUCUCCAAGGAGACGCUCGUGAACUGCGCGGACGAGCUCGGCGUGUUCUCGGUGCGCGACUUCGCGGAGGAGAUCGACAGCGACAUGCUAGAGGAGCAGGGCAUGCGAAAGGUGCCCGCGCGCAAAAUCAUCCGCGAGGCGCGGCUGCGCGCGGGGCUGGAGCAGGCGACAGAGGAGGAGCGCCGCGAGGAGGCGCGGCGGACCGCGGCGGCGGUGGGGGGGCGCGCCGGCGGCGUGAGCUGCGUGGUGGUGACGUCCAGCGACCUGGCGAUCGCGAUAGCGAAGGACCCGUUCGGCGGGCUGAAGAAGGACGAGUUCGCAAAGAAGCCGUUCCAGGUGUCGGCGGGCGACCGGAUGGACGAGCUGCAGGAGGCUAUUCAGCGCGACACAGGCGUGGCACCCUCUCUCCAGCGGCUGUGGCUGAUGGCGCACAGCGGCUCGCAGCUCGUCGUCGACCGCCCCCUCGACGAGCGCGACCUCAGGAUGACUGUCGGCGAGCUCGCCGCAAGCAGACACCCCCCGGGCAACCUGACCAUCUUCCUGGAGCUCACGGAGGGCUACGUGUCCUUCCUGGCGAAGGAGUCCCUGCGGCUGCUCUUCAUCAAGACGUACGACCCCGUCGAGCGCUCGAUACGCCUCGUGCGCGCCGUCGCCGCCGACGUCAGCGCGCCCGUCGAGUCCAUCGCCAUGUCGGUCGGCUCAUACCUCGCCGACUCCCCCUUCCCGACUUACUCCGCGCUCGGCGCCCCCGGGUCCUCCCCGCACGGCGUCCUCUGCUUCCGCGAGCACCACUCCAAUGGCCAGCCCGCCCUCGAGGGCGUCCAGCUCCACGCCUCCAUCGGCCACGCGCGGUUCAACAACGGCGACUUCAUCAUCGUGCAGCAGGCCUCGCACGGAGGCACCGCCGCCGACUUCUUCAACCAGAAGACCGGCCUCCGCGCCACCGUCCCCGACCCCUCGCGUGCAUUCGGCGCCGCGCACUCCAGCGGGAACUGGUCCAUGGGCGUCUCCUCCCCCAUGGGGGGACCUCCGGGGGGGGGUAUGUACGGAAUCCCCUCCGGUCCCGCGCCCGCGGGCUACCCGUCGUUCCCUGCGCCAUUCGGGGCCCCGCCUCCGGGCCGGGGACCGGCUCCGCCCGCGUACGGCUACGAUCUGCAGCCACACGGCGGCGACACGAGGGCGGGGCCGCCGCCGCCGGGGAUGCCGUACGGCGGCAACGACAGGUAUCCCAACAUGGGGUAUCCCCCUGGCGGCAACCAGCCGCGCGGGGGCGGCGGGCAGCGGUACCCGUCGUACGGUCUGUAG